AUGAUUAUGAUCAGAAAGGAUAAUGAUGAGGAAAAAGUUGUUAUUGCAGAAGAAGAUGAUAAAUUCCGAUUGUCAAGAACUAUGUCACAUGUUAAGGCGUUCAUUAAGCUGGUGAAUUACACUCACAUCAUGCCGACACGUUACACACUGGAUGUGGAUCUGAAGGAUUUGGUGGAUGUUGAUGUUCUUCGGGCAUGUGAUAAGAAGGUUACUGCUGUAAGGAGACUAAGGCUAGGCUUGAGGAGAGGUUCAAGAACGGCAAAAAUCGCUGGUUCUUCACUAAGCUUAGGUUCUAAGCGAAGGAUGGUUAUUGAAGUGCAAUAUUUGGCUCGUGAAGAAAUUGAAGUAAAAUAG